AUGUCGAAUAACCCCAGUGGGUUUCUGAACCAGGACUUCGGGUCGGAGGAGGAAGAUGAUGACUUCAAUCCUGCCCCCGUCAAUGAUUCCGAUGAUGAGAAGCCGAAAAAACGGGAGGCGACUACGUACGAUGACAUUGCAGGGAAUGAUAAGAAUGGUAUAGGUGCAACCGGUGAUGAGGAAGAUGAGGAAGACAAGCAUCCGCGGAGGAAAGAGAAGGUCAGGAAUAGUGAUAAUGGAGAAGAAGAGGACUAUGGGGAUGGAGGUGGGGGUGAUGGUGACGAAGAAGAGGAGGAAGAGGAAGAAGACGAAGAGGAUGAUGAUGACGAUGAGGAGGCCGUUUCGGGUCGGCCCCGGAAGCGUAGACGGGGUGGGAUCAAUAACUUCUUCGAGAUGGAGGCCGAAGUCGAUGAGGAAGAUGAUGCUGAAGAAGAUGAAGAGGAGAUGGCCGAUGGAUUCGUUGCGGAGACUCACCCUGAUGACCUUGACGCUUUGCCCGUGGGCGCAGAGACUGAUGACCGAAGACAUCGCGAACUUGAUAGGAAGAGGGACCUGGAAGCGACGAUGGAUGCUGAGAAACAGGCACAGGCUCUCAAGGAACGAUAUGGCCGGAACCGAGCUGCUGCGGCGGACCUGGUCGUUGUUCCCAAGAGACUGCUACUCCCUAGCGUUGACGACCCGAGUAUAUGGGCAGUCAAAUGUCGUCCUGGAAAGGAAAGAGAAGUUGUUUUCAACAUUAUGAAGAGAAUCGAGGAUAGGCCGCCGGGCUCUAGGAGACCGAUUCGGAUCAUGUCUGCGUUUGAGCGGGGAGGUACUAUGAGUGGAUACAUCUAUGUGGAAGCCCGGAGGCAGGCUGAUGUCAUUGAUGCCUUGGAAGACAUGUCGAACGUAUACACCAAGUCAAAAAUGAUUUUGAUCUCCGUCAAGGAAAUGCCUGAUCUUCUCAGAGUUACCAAGUCAGAAGAAUUGGUCCCCGGUGGUUGGGUCCGUAUCAAGCGUGGCAAGUACCAGGGCGACCUGGCGCAACUUGAAGAUGUCGAGACGAACGGGCUGGACGUCACUGUUAGGCUUGUUCCUCGCCUGGACUACGGCUUAAACGAGGAUAUGAGUGCCCCCAACGGGGAUGCGAAACGAAAGAGACCUGGUGUUAACAAUGCUAUUGCUCGUCCGCCCCAGCGGCCGUUUAGUGAAACUGAGGCUAAGAAAAAGCAUGCUAAGUAUCUGAGCGCUACAUCUGGACUUGGCGGGAAGACUUGGAAUUAUCUGGGAGAUAAUUACGUUGACGGAUUCCUCAUUAAAGAUAUGAAAGUUCAACAUCUUAUUACGAAAAAUGUCAACCCGCAGCUGGACGAGGUCACCAAAUUUGCUCGUGGCGCUGAUGAUGGCACAGCGAAUCUUGACCUUGCUGCACUGGCGGCCAGUCUUAAAGAUACCACGAGUGAAGAUUCCUAUUUGCCUGGAGAUACCGUUGAGGUUUUCCAAGGCGAACAACAAGGGGUUGUUGGUAGAACAGUUUCUACUCGUGGGGAUAUCGUUUCCAUUAAGGUCACAGAGGGUGAACUUGAAGGACAGCAGAUCGAUGUACCUAUCAAGGGGUUGAGAAAGCGUUUCAAAGAGGGUGAUCAUGUUAAGGUCAUUGGCGGCAGUCGAUUCCGCGAUGAGCUGGGCAUGGUGGUUCGCAUCAAGGAUGAUCGUGUCACCUUGUUGAGCGACAUGAAUAUGCAGGAAAUUACAGUGUUCAGUAAAGAUAUUCGAGAAGCUGCAGAUGCUGGUGUUGACGGGAAGCUUGGAAUGUAUGACGUUCAUGAUCUUGUGCAGCUUGACCAAGCCACCGUAGGUUGUAUCAUCAAGCUUGACCGGGAGUCGAUGCGUGUCCUUGAUCAAAACGGAUCUAUCCGAAACGUGCUGCCAUCGCAAGUCAUGAAUAAAAUUAAUCAACGUCGCAACGCCGUCUCAACUGAUCGAAACGGCUCAGAAAUCAGAUGCGGCGACACAGUCCGUGAAAUUACCGGAGAGCAACGAACAGGAGUUAUACUACAUAUCCACCGGUCAUUCCUAUUUCUGAAUAAUCGAGAUGCAAUUGACAACGCGGGCAUUAUCGUUACGCGUGCCUCGAAUGUUAACACAAUAGCGACGAGUGGUGGAAGAUUAGGUAGUCGAUCGGCUCCUGAUUUCUCCAGAAUGAACCCGGCUCUACAGAAAAAUGGAAUAAAUGGCAAUGGGAUGCCUCCCCCCAAGUCAUUUGGUAGCGAUCGAGCUAUUGGCAAGACCGUGACUAUUCGGAGGGGUCCAUUCAAGGGACUUCUCGGCAUUGUUAAGGAUACCACUGAAACCCAGGCGCGGGUCGAGCUGCAUUCAAAGAAUAAGGUCGUUACGGUUGACAAGGAUAUGCUCUCCAUGAAAGAUCCAAUCACUGGUGCUUCGAUUGAUAUGUCUCGAUUUGGUGGCAGAGGCGGUGGCAGAGCCGGACGAGGUAGUAGCACCUACAAUGCCUCUGCUGCCCCUCCGGACUGGGCAGGAAGUCGGACACCCAUGGCUGCAAACGACUCCUCGCGCACUCCUGCGUGGCGCUCUUCAUCGUCACGAACACCGGCCUGGAAUGCAGCAGCAGCAAGUAGCUCUCGCACCCCGGCAUGGAAAGCAGAUGGCUCCCGAACCUCAAAUCCCUACGACGGCAACCGAACCGCAUAUGGCGGUGGGACGUUUAGUGGAAGCCGUACUCCUGCCUGGACCGCCGGCACCAAGACACCAUAUGACUCCAGCUCUGGCUUUGGUGUCUCCUCAAACUCCGGCUUCGAUGCUUUUGCGGCCGGCUCUCGAACACCAGCGUAUCCCGGUGGCACAGGUUCGCGUACCCCCGCCUGGGGUCCUGGAUCGGCAGCCCCCCCACCUGUUGGGCAGAGCGGAGGAAGCAAAAGCAGUUACGAUGCACCUACCCCUGGCGGUGACUACACUGCACCCACACCUGGCCCCUACGGCGCUGCUCUUACACCUGGUGCCACUGCUGCGACACCACGGGCCUGGGCUGACAACGCCCCCACACCUGGGGCCAUGCAUGCUCCAACACCAGAUGCCUUGGGAUAUUCUGGCAAGAGAUCGGGGGAGCCGUACGAUGCUCCAACGCCUGCCGAUAUGUCUAUGAGCGGUGGGAGACCGUAUGAUGCUCCUACUCCCGCAACUGGCAUGGGCAUUCCGGCGACGCCUGGUGCGGGUGAUGACGGCGACCCUAGGUAUGAAGAGGGGACGCCAAGUCCAUGA